AGGCGUUCUCCAAUGACGUGCACUGUGUGGAAGAGAUUCUGAAGGAAAUGACCCACUCAUGGCCCCCUCCUCUGACAGCCAUACACACACCCAGCACAGCCGAGCCGUCCAGAUUCCCUUUCCCAACAAAGGAUCCUCUGCACAGCAACUCUGCAGCCCAAAGCCAAAAACAGUAUGCUGCGCCUUCAAACACCCACCCCAAUCCACAACAGGGAACAUCAAGCAUGCUUGAGGAUGACCUGCAGCUCAGUGACAGUGAAGACAGUGACACGGAACAAGCCGCAGAGAAGCCUCCGUCCCCACCUGCACCUCCAAGUGCUCCACCGACACUUCCCGAACGUGCAUCAGCACAUUCCAGCAGUGCAGAGUCAGAGAGUAGCGAGUCGGACAGCUCCUCGGACUCCGAGAGUGAGAGCAGCUCAAGCGACAGCGAGGAGGAGAACGAGCCUCUAGAGACCUCAGCUCCUGAGCCCGAGCCUCCAACAACGAACAAAUGGCAGCUGGACAACUGGUUGACCAAAGUCAACCAGCCGCCAGCGCCGCUCGCGGGUCGCGGGAACACAGAGUCCCCACGCUGGCGCCAGGAAAGUCAGGGUGGCGGCGAGCGCAGCACUGACCAGCAGCGUCCUGAAUCCAAAGAUCCUCCCGCCAAGAGUUCCAGCAAAGUUCUCCGGGGUCCCUCAGAGGGGCCACAGCCUGAGAGGAGUUGUCAGAAAUCCCCCGCUCAACAGGAUCCCUCACCUCGGCAAACUAUUGGCAGCAAACAACCCAGAAAACCUUCCAAGGCCUCUGGCCAGGCGGAGCCCCAGGCCAGCUUGCAGGUGGAGAGCGAGCCAGGACCCCUUCCCUAUGGCUCAAAGAGCAGACUCCAAGAUAAACCCAAGGUGAAGACGAAAGGCAGGCCCCGCACUGUGGGCGGUAGGGAGCCUAAGCCUCCGGCCCCCGCCGUGCCCACCCCCAGCGAGAAAGAGGAAACACAGGACUUCCCCAGCCCCUCCAAGGCACUCUCAGGCUCCCAGCCCCCAAAGGACAGCACUGGGGACAGGAAACCCGAGCACUUUGCUGCUGUCUCCCUGACCCAGAGCCAGGGUCUACCCAACAGCUGCCGGGGCGGCAGCACUGUCAGGACUAGUGGCUGCCGACAGGCUGUGAUUGUCCAGGAGGAUGGCCCAAAAAGACAGACUCCUGUUGCCUUUGAGAGACACCAACUGCUCUCGCCGCUCAGGGAUGCCCCGCCACCUACAAGCUUGGUGGUGAAGAUCACCCUAGACCUCUCACCGCAUCCCCCAGCCUGUGGGGAAGGGAGCCGGCCCCGGACAGAAGACAAGCAGCUGCCUGCAGGGAGGAAGCAGGACUCGAAGAGGAGCUGCCACAGCUCCAGCAGAGUGACCAAUAAGAGGAAGGGCGAUCCAGAAAAGGACGGCGAUAACAAGAGACUCAGACUGGAGAAGGAACUCAAGCCUCAGACCGCGUCAUCUUCAUCUUCCCACCCGGAACCUUCCAAAACAAAGACACCCAGGCCCUCCUCAGAGUCCUCAAGAAAGGAAAUGCUUCCUCCUCCACCUGUGUCGUCGUCUUCCUCGUCUUCCUCCUCCUCCUCCUCCCAGAAGUCAAGCAAACCUGCACACAAGAGGUUAAAGCCGGAUGCAGACACCGGUAGCCAGGACCCUCCCAAAAGUGCCACCAGCAGCAAGGGCAGCUCAAAGGAAGCUUCUGUUCCCAAGCACAGAAAAGCACAGGCCAGGGGCUCAGAACUCAAAGGAUCUUCUGAAGAUGCUGCAAACCCUUUUCCAGUGCCUUCUUUGCCAAACGGUAACUCUAAACCAGGGAAGCCACAGAUGAAGGCUGACAGACAGCAAGCUGAUAUUCACAUGAAGGAGGCUAAAAAGCUGAAGUGCAAAGCAGAGGCAAUGGCUGACAAGGCUGGAAAGGCCUUCAAGUAUUUGGAAGCUGUCCUGGCUUUCAUUGAGUGUGGGAUGGCCACAGAGUCGGAAAGCUCAGCCAAGUCAGCGUACGCCGUGUACUCAGAAACUGUGGACCUCAUUAAAUUCAUGAUGUCACUAAAAUCCUUCUCAGACGCCACAAUGCCAGCACAAGAGAAGAUAUUUGCAGUUUUAUGCUUGCGCUGCCAGUCCCUCCUGAACAUGGCAAUGUUUCGAUGUAAAAAGGAUUUAGUAAUGAAGUAUUCGCGCUCUCUCAGCGACCACUUCAAGAGUUCUUCCAAAGUGGCGCAGGCACCUUCUCCAUGCACGGCAAGAAGCACAGGCGUUCCGUCUCCCCUCUCCCCGAUGCCUUCUCCUGCCAGCUCCAUAGGGUCCCAAUCAAGCGCUGGCAGUAUGGGGAACAGUGGGGUGACUGCCACCAUCAGUACCCCAGUCGCCAUCCAGAACAUGACCUCCUCCUAUGUCAACAUCACAUCCCAUGUCCUCAAAGCCUUUGACCUCUGGGAACAGGCAGAGGCUCUUUCAAGGAAAAAUAAAGAAUUCUUUGCUCAGCUCAGCACAAAAGUGCGUAUCUUGGCCCUCAACAGCAGCCUGGUGGACCUGGUGCACUACACAAGGCAGGGUCUGCAGCGGCUGAAACAAGCUCCCAAAGCUCCCUAGCGCAGGCCAGGCUUGCUCCAUGCCUUGGAAUGUAUUUGCACAAUUGGAAGCCUUGAUCAGUGUAGACAGUUGUCCGAUCGGGAUGUCAGAUGCAGAAGAAAAGCACAUAAGAUGGCCAGGAUGCUUGUCACUUCACCUCACAAGCUGCGUGGUCAUCGGUCGGACGCUGGUCAGCAGAGCGGAUGGUGGGAGAUGGUGUUGCCUUUCCUAAUGGAAGGACAGAAGGGCAGUGGAGCCUAACUGGCGGCACAUGAAUGGUCUAGAAACAUUUCUGAUUUCUGUUUGUUUGAACGACAGGAUACAAGUUGCAAGUGAGAGGAAGAGAACCUUCCUUCCAUUCAAGUCUGACGGCAAACUCUUGUCAUCUCAGUGGUCACACUAGCUCACGUCCAGAAGGAUUUUUUUUUUUUUUUGAAUAAUAAUUUUUGGUGAAGGGUUUCAUAGUUUUUGUUUUUUCAAGUUUUAAAGGAAACUUCUAAUGGCAAUUUAUAAAACAGAAGUGAAGGCCCCCACUGCACCUCUCUCCCUGCAUGAACAGGGGCUCUGAGGACACCGAGUAUUAGCAUCUAAAAAAGUGAAGGUGACGCCCCAUCCCACGGUGCCUGGAGUCGUGCACACUGUCCAACUCUGGUCUCUGGCUAUCCUGAGAAGCAUC